GCAGCGCCCGGAGAGAGGCGGAGCGGGGCCGGCUCGUCCCUCCCCGCCCUCCGCACCUGCCCGAGCGGCACAGCGGAGGCACUGGCCGGGCUGCGCGGGGGCGGCUCCGCGGGCGCGCCGGGCGGUGAUGCGCAGCCCGCGGCGGCAGGAUGCGAGAGGGGAGCGCGGGCGGCCGCGGCGCGGAGAACCGGACGGGCGCCGAGCCCCCGCUGCACCUUUUCCCCGUGCCCGUUCUCACCGGCAUCACUGUCGCCUGCGUCCUCCUCUUCGUCAUCGGGAUCAUCGGCAACCUCAUGACCAUGCUGGUGGUGUCGCGGUUCCGGGACAUGAGGACCACCACCAACUUCUACCUGUCCAGCAUGGCCUUUUCCGACCUGCUCAUCUUCCUCUGCAUGCCCCUGGACCUAUUCCGCCUCUGGCAGUACCGGCCCUGGAACUUCGGGGACCUCCUCUGCAAGCUCUUCCAGUUCAUCAGCGAGAGCUGCACCUACUCCACCAUCCUCAACAUCACCGCUCUCAGUGUGGAGCGGUAUGUUGCAAUCUGCUUCCCCCUCCGAGCUAAAGUGAUCAUCACCAAGGGGAAGGUCAAGCUGGUCAUCCUCUUCCUCUGGGCCGUUUCCUUCAUUAGUGCUGGACCCAUCUUUGUCCUGGUGGGAGUCGAGCAUGAGAAUGGCACUAACCCCAUGAGCACCAACGAGUGCCGUGCCACGGAGUAUGCCAUCCGCUCGGGGCUACUCACCAUCAUGGUCUGGACCUCCAGCAUCUUCUUUUUCCUGCCCGUGUUUUGCCUGACCGUGCUGUACAGCCUCAUUGGGAGGAAGCUCUGGAGGAGAAAGAGAAAGAACAUCGGUCCAAAUGCUGUCAUCAGGGAUAAGAACAACAAGCAAACUGUGAAAAUGUUAGUUGUGGUGGUAUUUGCUUUCAUACUCUGCUGGUUGCCUUUUCACGUAGGACGAUAUUUAUUUUCCAAAUCCUUUGAAGUCGGAUCCCUGGAGAUCGCAGUGAUCAGCCAGUACUGCAACUUGGUGUCCUUUGUCCUCUUCUACCUUAGCGCAGCCAUCAACCCCAUCCUCUACAACAUCAUGUCCAAGAAGUACCGAGUUGCUGCUUGCCGGCUUUUUGGACUCAAACCCCUUCCAAAGAAAAGACUCUCCAGCACAAAGCAAGAAAGUUCGCGUGCCUGGGCAGAACCGAGCGUUUUCACAUGACACGUGAUUUCCAGCACCAGAGCAUCACUUACCAGUAUCUCCCAGAGAGCCAUAAGGGAAGAGAAAAAGAGUGAAAAACAAAAAUAGAAAUGUUAAAGCUGUAUUUUUUUCAUCAUCUGGAUUUGCUGGAAGAUGUAACACAAGCUGUUAAAGAUUUAAAAUAAAAUAACUAAACUUUGAGACUAUAAAA